AUGGGCAUGAAACACUCGUCCCGCUGCCUGCUCCUCCGGAGGAAAAUGGCGGAGAACGCCACCGAGAACGCCGAGGUGUACAGCGGUGGCCCCAAGCCUCUCCAGCCAGUCACCAUACCGAAUCCUGUCCCGCCUGCCAUUCAAACUCCGUUGGCGCCAAGUUGUCCCGGCCGAGGCAAGAUGGCGAAACUCCUGAAUCCAGAAGAAAUGACGUCGAGGGAUUAUUACUUUGAUUCGUACGCUCACUUUGGAAUCCAUGAGGAAAUGCUAAAGGACGAGGUGCGCACGUUAACCUACCGAAAUUCCAUGUAUCACAAUAAGCACGUCUUUAAGGAGAAGAUUGUGCUGGAUGUGGGGAGUGGCACGGGCAUCCUUUCCAUGUUCGCUGCCAAGGCGGGAGCCAAGAAAGUCUAUGGGAUCGAAUGCUCCAGUAUAUCUGACUACUCCGAAAAGAUUAUCAAAUCCAACCACUUGGAUCACAUCAUCACAAUAUUUAAAGGCAAAGUGGAAGAGAUUGAAUUGCCUGUGGACAAAGUAGAUAUCAUAAUCAGUGAAUGGAUGGGUUACUCCCUUUUCUAUGAGUCCAUGCUUAACACAGUCAUCUUUGCUCGAGACAAGUGGCUGAAACCUGGAGGGCUUAUGUUUCCAGACCGAGCGGCUUUGUACAUGGUAGCCAUCGAAGACCGACAGUACAAGGAUUUCAAAAUCCACUGGUGGGAGAAUGUCUACGGCUUCGACAUGACCUGCAUCCGGGAUGUGGCCAUGAAGGAGCCUUUGGUGGACAUCGUUGACCCAAAGCAAGUGGUGACCAAUGCUUGUUUAAUAAAGGACGUUGAUCUCUACAUCGUAAAGCCGGAAGACCUGGCCUUCACCUCUGCGUUUUGCCUCCAGAUUCAACGCAACGACUACAUUCACGCCUUGGUCACCUAUUUUAAUAUAGAAUUUACAAAGUGCCAUAAGAAAAUUGGGUUUUCUACAGCUCCGGACGCGCCUUACACUCACUGGAAGCAAACUGUAUUUUACCUGGAGGAUUAUCUAACUGUCCGAAGAGGGGAAGAAAUCUAUGGAACCAUAUCCAUGAAACCAAAUGAAAAAAAUGAGCGUGACCUCGACUUCAUGGUGGAGUUGGAUUUUAAAGGGCAGCUUUGCGAAGCCUCUGUAUCUAAUGACUAUAGGAUGCGCUAA